UUCAGGUUUUGUGCCUAUAGUAAAAAUAAUGAAAAAAAACAAUAUGUACUAACAUUUACUUGUGGUUUAUUUUUUAGGCAAAGGCUGUUCGUUUGUAUACUUCUCUCUGAACGUGGCUCUCUUUACAUACUUUCCAAACGUUGGUCGCCAAUUGGUCUCCUUGGUCAGUGUUGGUGAAGGCGUUUGUUUUAUAUUUGCUCUUCCUUUGAUCUCAUACUUCAUUGAAUCUUACGGCUGGCGGAGUAGUUUGCUCUUACUGUGUGGCAUCGAAAUGCACUGUAUUCCGUUUGGAAUUAUCUACAGCAUGAAAGUAGACGUCACUCAUGGUAAUUGCAAAAUGUCCAAUCAUUCUACAAGAGCAGCCAUACGAACGGCCUCGUUUUUUGAAAGCAAGAAAAGUCCACUCGCAUCAAAGGAGAACCAUGCAAAUCACCCACAAAAUAACGAGAGGAAAGAAGAUCAAUGCAAUCCGUAUUCAACUGCUACAACAAAUAAAGCUUGUGAUGACACUAAUAGCAGUGACAAUGAUUCCACAAACGAUAAACCAAAACAUUUAAACUCACCACGGUUGAAUGACUCACGUAUACCAAAUGACAAUGACAGUUCGAUAGAAGUGGAGCAACCCGAGUCCAAGGAAAAGCAUGGUAUUAAUUUUAAAAGCUUGAGAAAUUUAGCCACAAAUAAAAUGUACAUGUUAGCUUUAAUAUCGGCGACCACCUUUCUUAGUACGUCACUGGUCAUGUUAACGAUUCUUCCUGACUUUUGCAUGCAGCACGGCUUGUCACUCUCCCAAGGAGCUUGGAAUAGUGCAAUAUCUUCAGUAGGGGAUAUCAUCGCACGUUUUUUGGGUUCCUGGCUUCUUCAUUCGAAACUGUUACCGAGCAUAGUAACUUUUUCCUCAGCGAUCAUCAUAUGUGGCAUUGCAAUGUCCGUCUACAUCGCCGUCAACACAUUAACUUACAUCACCCUGACUUCGUUCUUUUUCAUGUUAUUCAAUGGACUUGCUUACUCUCAGUACGGUGUAAUCUUCUUGGAUCUUGUCGAUUUAGAGGACUACGCUCUGGGGAUGGGCCUGAACGAAACUUCGGGUGGCAUUGGUCUCUUAUUGUGUGGUUAUCUCGUCAAUUUACUUACUGAAUACAAUAACAACAAUUAUGAUUACAGCAUCCUCAUCAUGGCUGUACUAACAACGGCUGGUGCUCUACCGAUUUUUAUUUUCUACGUAUGUACCUGUCGGAAAACGAAAGCUGUCAUACUGGAUCAUCACCAGCAAACUCAGGAGACGUCGACAAUCAAGAAAAUUGCUGCUUCGUAAUGUACUUCAAGAUUUACCUCUGCCUUAGCGAAGGUAGAGGUAUUGUUUCAGUCGUGUUUGUUUGUUUGACCGUGGACAAAAUAUCUCAGAAACCACUGAUUGGAUUCGGAUGAAACUUUCAGGGAUGUUUGGCCUCGUGACUAGCACGAACUGAUUAGAUUUGGGGAUCAAUCCGGUAUCGGACAUGGAUUCUGGAUUAUUUUUUCAGUUUUUUUGUUUUUUUUCCUUACUUAAUUUUUGAGAGCAGUCGGGCUCAUUUUUAAUAUUCUCAUUUGUAAGGCGGUGAGCUGGCGGAAACGUUAGCACGCCGGGCGAAACGCUUAGCGGUAUUUCGUCUACCGCUACGUUCUGAGUUCAAAUUCCGCCGAGGUCGACUUUGCCUUUCAUC